AUGCUUCUAGUAGAAAGAUUGGAAGAUUUUAAUGACAAAGAUAUUCGAUUUUUUUAUUUGAAGAUAUAUAAAAAUCAUGAAGUGGCUAAAUUGCUUGCAGAAUCAGGUGGCCUAGAUUGUACCAAACGCAAUUCUGAAGGACUAUAUGGACGUGGAUGCUCAUCAAAAUUCAUGAGAUGUCACGAUGGCAAGCUUUAUGUCUAUAGAUGUCGCAAGGAUUUGAAAUUUAAUGUUGAAACGGCUAAAUGUGAAGAACGAAAACAAGUUAUUGCUUGCAUCAAUAACGUGGACAAUGAUCGGACUAUUGUAAAGGCAGAUGGCCCAUUUGAUUGUUCCAAGCGAAAGGAUGGUGUUUAUGGUAGUGGCAAAUGUUCGACAACUUACUAUCACUGUUCUCGGGGUCAUUCCGCGGAAAUGCUAUGUCCAGCUGGCUUAUACUACAAUGAUAAGCUGAAAGGAUGCGAUGAAGUUGAUAGUAUCGAUGAAUGUAACGUACUGAAUGCGUUGCAAGGAUUCAACGAACGUCGUGAGAGUCAUCUGGGUGAAAGAGGAAAAUAUAUUGAACGAAAUUUGAUGUCCAUUAGAAAUAGACCAAUUUCUGAUACUCAUGAAAGACACAUUGAUGGUACGCGCAAAUUGUCACUCGGCAAAGAAAUAAGCAGCAGGGAUCAUGACAGUAGUGAUAAAAAACGAUCUACCCGACAGACCUUGUAA